UGUUGGGGGAGUUGGGGGAGUGUGUGUAUAUAUAUAUAUGUGUGUGUGUGUGAGAGAUGCUACAACCUCCUUAUAAAGGGACUCUCUCUCACGUUGUGGCAAAUUAGAGCACAUUGCCUAAAAUCGAGGUCUCCGCACACACACAUACAUACAUACACAUAUAUAUAUACACACACACACACACACACACACACACGCAUAUACAGCCUCGCAGAGUCACCGAGAGCCGCUGCCAUGAGCUGGAUGAAGGUGGAGGAGACGCUCUUCUGGGUCGGUGCGUUGGCCGUGGCCUCCCUGGCGCUGUGGCUGCUCUACAGGCUGCUCUCCGGCUUUCGGAUCUGGGUCUUGGGGAACGGGCAGCUGCUCACUCCGAAGCUGGGCAAAUGGGCAGUUGUGACGGGAGCCACGGAUGGAAUCGGGAAAUCCUAUGCGGAGGAGCUGGCUCGUCGAGGAUUUGCCAUGAUGUUGAUCAGUCGUUCCCAGGAAAAGCUGGAGGAUGUAGCCAAGUCACUAGAGGACCAGUAUAAAGUGGAAACCAGGACCAUUGCAGUUGACUUUGGCAAUGCGGACAUCUACAACAAGAUCGAGGAGGGGCUGACUGGUCUGGAGAUUGGAGUUCUGGUCAACAAUGUCGGUGUUUCCUACUCCUACCCAGAGUACUACCUCCAAAUUCCCGAUCUGGACAACUUCAUCACAAACAUGAUCAACGUCAACGUCACCUCGGUGUGCCAGAUGACCCGUCUGGUGUUGCCCAGAAUGGCUGAGAGGUCCAAAGGUGUUGUCCUGAACAUCUCGUCCGCCAGCGGCAUGUACCCCGUCCCUCUGCUUACUGUCUAUUCUUCCACAAAGGCCUUUGUGGACUUCUUCUCUCGUGGCCUUCAGGAGGAGUACAGGCGUCAGGGCAUCAUCAUUCAGAGCGUGCUGCCCUUCUUCGUGGCCACCAAAAUGACUCGUAUCAGGAAGCCCACCCUGGACAAGCCCACACCAGAGCGCUAUGUGGCAGCUGAGCUCAGCACUGUGGGUCUGCAGGGCCAGACCAAUGGCUAUUUCCCACACGCUGUCAUGGGUUGGCUGACCACCAAGCUUGUGCCGAUCAAGCUCGUCAUCUUCUUCGGAGCCAGAAUGAACCGUCUGCAGCGUACCGGAUACCUGCGCAGGAGGAAGCUGCGGGAGCAGAGGAACGGAGAAAGUUCGAAAAGUUUGAAGAAUGACUAGGAGGAUGGCUGAGGAAUCUGCAGGCAGCCCCACUGUUCUGACCCGGCGCAGCGUUUAAGGAAAGCAGAGAUUGUGUUUUUGUAUCUGUAUGGUUGAAUCCUCCAGGGUUACCCGGGAUCUCACAUGUGUGCACGUCAAAGCAUGUGUGUAACUUUGUUUAAAACUGCUGAUUUUUGUCUGGAGAGAAAAAGCCAAAGAAGGAAUGGGUCUGAUAUGAAAAUGAAAUGCUGCUCAUCACAGGACAUUAACACAUUUUGUCACUGACACUGAUGGUGGUGAUAAUACAACAAAAAAAAUAGUGAUUUGUUAACCCUGCUGUUAUAAGCAGUGGAAAAUGGUGGUGGGCAUCUUUUUUAUAUAUUUGUAUAAUUAUUUAUUUUAUAUUUUGUAAGAACACACAAGCUUAACUCGGACCUUUUUAAGACUAGCUUUCAACCUAGUCCUGUUUACAAAUCCUUGAACCAUUUAACGAUCACGUCGAUUGGCAUUACUGUACUGCCAUAUCGUCAUGCAAUUGGCUCUUUCGUCCCUUUUUCCCCCUUUUCUAUAAUCUUGCGUGUUAACAGAAUAUUUAAAAUGAUACUUUGUGGUGGGUUGUUGUUGCACCAAUGUGUCGCAUGUCCUAAACCGAAGUUUUCUCAGAGUUAGAGUUUAGCUAAAUGUGUUAUUCAUCACAAGUGCCUUUCUACUGAGAAUGAAUGCAGGAAAUGGUCAGCUUCAACUAGCAGUUGUUGUCUGCUUCAGAAUGUAUUCUGAAAGGAUGUAAUUCAGCUGUUGAGAUGUCCAUGAGAAUGACAUUGUUGCUCCAUUGUGUGCCUCUUUUAAUCAAAAUGUAAACCUUAACAGACAAAGGAAAACCUCUAAACCACUGCACAUUUACAGUUAUUCCUCCAGUGUGUUUUGAAAGUAUUUCACAGGGAUAUAAAACAUUCCAUACCGUUGGAGUUUAACCUAAAAAUGUGAAGGUUUCAUCACCUACAGACUGGUUCACAUGCUACCAAAUGUUUGCCUCAAAAAUAGGAGAGCUGCUCUUCCUGAAACAGUUGGUGCAAAAUUGAAUACCCUAUAUCACUUGGUCUGACUUGUGCCUUAACUAAGUGGUCUUGUGAAUGCUUCUCCUUUUUGUAACAAGUCUUUUUUUUAAAUAUGCUUGGUAAUUAAAAGAGUUUGAAUUUCUAUGUGUAAAAUACACUGUUUUUGUUUAUAUUG